CUUGGCUGAGAGUGCGACAAACAAACAGUUAGUAGAGCAGCAGACAACAUGAGAGCCUUUGUGGUAUUACUAGCGCUAGUUGUGGCCACAGCUAGUGGCAACAUUAUUGGCCUGCCUGGUUUCCCGGAGGGACGCAUUAUCAACGGCCAUGAGGCUGAGAGUGGCGAGGCGCCCUUUAUUGUCUCAUUGCAAAAUGUAAGGAGAUCGCAUUUUUGCGCUGGCUCCGUAUACAAGAGCAAUUGUGUGAUAACCGCUGCCCAUUGCCUGACCAGUGACGAGUACCUUGUCGUUGCUGGUGCCCACAGUCGCUCGGACAAGGACAAUGUGCAGGUGCGCACGGCCAGCAGUAAACGUCAUCGUAUUCAUGAGAACUACGGCGGUGGUGUUGGUCCCUACGAUAUUGGUGUGAUCUUGCUGGACGAACCCCUCAAUCUGACUACUCUGAAUCGCGAUGGCAGCUCUCCUGUCUCCAGCAUUGACAUUGCCAACGAGGAGUUUACCGAAAAUACCAAUGGCACGCUCUACGGCUGGGGACUUGAUAACUUUGGCUACUUGCCCGACAAGCUGCAGAAACUCGAUGUGAACAUUAUUGGCUAUGAGGAUUGCGAUAAAGCGUUGCCUUGGGGCAACAAUCUGGCUGAGUCGAACAUUUGCACCUUCACCCAGGGCACCACUGAUGGCGCCUGCAAUGGUGACAGCGGCGGUCCGCUGGUCAACAAGCGCGCCGACGGUCGUGUGCAGCAAGUGGGCGUGGUCUCUUGGGGCUACACUCCAUGUGCCAGCACCAGAUACCCAUCGGUCUACACAUACCUGGGCGCUUUUUCUGACUGGAUCGAGAAGCACUGCAACAACAACUAGUCGAAACGAUGUGAUAUAUACAACUAAAUAAACUUUGAACAUUUCCUUAUUACAA